AUUUAUAUUGGUUCAAAUAAACUUAGAAGGGCCGAAGCCCAUGCACAUAAAGUGAUAAAUAUAAAAAGCAUAGCGUCGAACAAAAAUAAUUAAAUAAAAAUCCCAUAAAACAUAUUUUUAAAAAGUAAAAACCCAUAAAAUAGAGAAUCGUUUGGAUUGAAUCAGAAAAUUAUUCGCUAGAUUUAACAGCCGGCGAUUUACUUCUCCGCCGUGACGGAAAAAAUAUGGCCUUAGGUUACGCCGUCGGCGUCGUCGGAGUUCUGAUUCUCGCACACGCCGCCUUCUCCACUAUCCAGUAUAGAUCUUUGCUCAAGAUUACUGAAGAGCAGUUCACGGGGCCACCGAUCACAGUAGUUAUGGAGUUGUUUGCAGGAUUGAUUUUCUGUUUGUGGGCUGCUUUAACUGUGCCCGGCAAGUUCUUGUCGAUUCUCCCUCAAUCAGAUGAGAACAGGGUAGUUUCCUUACCUUCGAAUCUGGAUUUCAUGAUCUUCAAUCAUCGUGGAAAAGCUUUUUCUUUGGACGUCAAUAUGAAGCUAAAGUGAUGUUAUAGCACCAUUGCAUUUGGUUAAUUAGUGAGAUCUAGGACCAAAAGUAACUGAAAAUAGAUGUUAAUUUUACUGGAAAUUAGAAGGUAUUGAUUUCACCGUUGCUCGGGGGCACCACGAGCUACCAUUAUUUAUACAUCUGACUAUCUGCGUGAGAUCUAAGGACAAAGGCAGCUGGUCUGCUUAUCAUGUUUGUUUGUUAUAUUUUAGUUGAUUGCAAAAUUUUGAAUCUUGUAUAUGGGCGUGUGCCGCUCUCACCGUUUUAUGGUAAUUGUUUCAGUGUUAUGUUU